AUGGUUGUGAUAUUCGAUUUUGGUGCUGGAAAUGGUCAUGGUGAUGACAAAUUGCGCAAAUCGAAUAGGGCGUGUCGAUCAAUUUUGAUGACUAUGGAGAGGGAAGAAGGGAGAGGUGUUCAUCACCUGCGUAGGCACCAUUUUAUCUACAAGAAUUACUCAACUUCGAAAAUUUUUCCUGGGAAGAUAAAACCAAGUAGAAGAUUAAUGUCAGGAAGAAAUUGGGGGAUUCCGGUUCCCAUGAAAGGAGUUCCUCAUGGUGGGCUGCCCCCACCUACGGUUCAUGAAUCGCCUCUUGUCAGAGGCCUUGGCGGAGGACCUCAUCCUGCGUUGUUGGAAGAAAUGAGGGAAUCCCAUUAUAGUUUGGGCGGACCCAGACCUCAUCCUCCUCCUGCUGCCCUUAUCAAGGAGCGACUGGCUGCUCAACAUGAUGAGAUCCAGGGUAUGCUUGUUGACAACCAGAUGUUGGCUGCAACUCAUGUGGCACUUAGACAGGAAUUAGAGGUUGCACAGUAUGAGUUUCAGCGGGCUGAUAAGUUUGCCCAUUCUUUCCAUGCUGGAACGGAUUUAGAGAUGAGGGAACUUUAUGAGAAGUCUGCUAAAAUGGAAAAUGAACUUCAUGCUGCUAAUGCUAUGAGGGCUGAGCUUAUGCAGGUGCACAUGGAUAUUAAGGAGUUAACUGCUGCAAGGCAAGAUCUUACGACUCAGGUCCAAAUGAUGACUCAAGACUUAGCUAGAGUUACUUCAGACUUGCAGCAGGUUCCUGCAAUUAAGGCAGAAAUUGAGGGUUUAAGGCAUGAGCUGGAGCGAGCUAGGGCUGCUGUUGAGCGUGAAAAGAAGGGCGUUGCAGAGAGCUUGGAGCAAGGUAAGAUGAUGGAGAGUAAGUUAAUCACAAUGGCUCGAGAGGUGGAAAAACUACGGGCUGAGUUGGCUAAUGCCCAAAAAAGAGCUUAUGCUGCCAGUGCUAUUGGAAAUCCAGCUGCAACUUAUAAUGCAAAUUACAGCAAUCCUGAAGCAGGAUAUUCAGGGAAUCCUUAUCCUGUAGCUUAUGGCAUGAACCCCCCAAAUCCAAUGCAUCCUGCUCCUUCUGGCGCACAAGGUUAUCCUCAGUAUGGACCUGGACCCGAUAAACUAGUUCAUGCUAGGUCAUGGGAAGGAGCUGCUAGCUUUGGAGUCGGAUUUCCUAGCUUUGGAGGCGUCUACUUGCACGCCUGCAGUAAGGUAGCAAUGGAAUUACAUUUUUCAGCGUUCAACUGUGCGCUAGAUGAAGAUUUCUGUGGAGAAGCUCAUUACUGA